GUUUUAUCUUAAACUCCUUCAAUUUAAAUGCCUCAUCUUUUUCAUUGAAGUUCAACGCUACACUUUCUCAAGGGCCAAAUGGAACCUGUAAAGCCCCAUGUUGUUUGUAUUCCUCUACCAGCUCAAGGCCCCAUAAAUCCCAUAUUAAAACUUGCCAAGCUCCUCCAUUUCAAGGGCUUCCGUAUCACUUUCGUCCACACCGACUUCAACUAUCAUCGCUUGCUUGAAUCAAGAGGACUCGACUCGCUCCAGGGCUCACCUGAUUUCCGGUUCGAAACGAUAAUCGACGGUUUGCCCUCGACGAACCCGCGAGGAAUACAAGAUUUACCCGACUUAUGCCUGACGAUACCGGUCGAGGGUUUACGUUCCUUUUGGGAGCUUAUAAUGAAGCUUAAGGAUGUCCCCCCGAUUACUAGCAUAAUAUCCGAUGGAGUGAUGAGCUUCACCUUGGAAGUUGCUGAUGAAUUUGGGAUCCCUGAGAUGGUUCUUUUCACUCCCAGUGCUUGUAGCAUGUUGGGUUACCUUCAUUAUGAAGACCUUAAAGAACGUGGAUAUUUCCCUUUGAAAGAUGCGAGUCAGUUGAGUAAUGGUUAUCUGGACACAGAUAUGGAUUGGAUACCUGCAAUGAAAGGAGUUGGAUUAAGAGAAUUCCCCACCUUCAUUCGAACCACCAAUCCAAAUGACACGAUGUUCAAUUACAACCUACAAUCCGUCAACAAUGCCACCAAAGCCGCCGCUGUCAUCCUCAACACCUUUGAUGAUCUCGAACACCAAGUUCUGGACGCCAUUAAAACCAAGUUAACCAACCUCUACACCAUCGGUCCAUUAUCACUGCUUCACCGCCAACUUUGUCCGACGAAUUUGGACUCCAUGGGAUCAAAUUUGUGGGAAGAAGACACCCAAUGCUUGUCUUGGCUAGACGAAAGGGAGCCCUGCUCGGUUGUGUACGUAAACUUUGGAAGUUUGAUAACGGUGACGCCUCAAAAGCUGCGUGACUUUGCAUGGGAACUGGCUGACAGCAAGUACCCGUUCUUGUGGGUUAUUAGGGCGGAUCUUGUCAACGGCGGUGGGGAAGAUAUACUAUCGGAGGAGUUCUUGGCCGCAAUAAGUGAUAGGGGUGUGCUUGUUGGGUGGUGUCCGCAGGAAAGGGUGCUGAGCCACCCUUCUGUGGGCGGGUUCUUGACUCACUGCGGGUGGAAUUCGACCAUGGAAAGUGUGUGUGAAGGGGUGCCAUUGAUUUGUUGGCCGUUUUUUGCAGACCAGCCAAUGAAUUGUUUUUACUGUUGCAGGGAGUGGGGCAUUGGGAUGGAGAUGGACAGUGAUGUCAAUAGGGAGAAAGUUGAAAUUCUUGCGAGGGAGUUGAUGGAAGGGAUGAAGGGCCAUUGUUUAAGGGUAAAGGCCAUGGAUUGGAAGAAGAAAGCUGAAGCUGCUACAACCCCUGGUGGAUCUUCGUACAUAAAUUUUGACAACAUUGUUAUGCAGUUGAAACAAGAGUAAAAUUUUAUGGUAUAAUUUUUUCCUUUUUA